AUGUACGCGCCGGUCGGCAGCGGCCCCAGUAACUACUAUCAACAACCGUCCCUCAUCAAUUCAUGGUGGUUACAUACUCCAGCUGGUGGAGCAGUCGGGCACGGGUGCGAUAGAGAGGGCAAUUCCAUAGUGGAGGGCACGGGCGAGAGAAGCGCCGUCGAGGAAGGUCAAGGGGUCGGCCCGAACGGCGGUAUUAUGGAUCCCCAGCAGCAGUACUGCCUCAAGUGGAACAGUUUCGGCAACAACCUCGCCAAUACCUUCGCUAGCCUAUUCAGGAGCGAGAGCCUCACCGAUGUCACGCUCUUCUGCGAGGGCACAAUAUUCAAGGCGCACAAGCUCAUACUGGCGGCGUGCAGCAAACGCUUCCAGGAGAUAUUCGAGACGUCGCCGAGCUCGUCGGGUGGCGCGAUGAUCGUCUACCUCGACCGCACGAGCGCCAGCGACAUGGAGGCCCUCCUCGAGUUCAUGUACCGCGGCGAGGUACACGUGUCCCAGGAGUCGCUCAACACCUUCCUCAGUGCCGCCGACAACCUGCAGGUAAAGGGCUUGUCGAUGGAGCAGUCGAAGCUGGCCGCCCAGCGUGAACAGGACGAGCCGAACAACAACAACAGCAACAACAACAACAGCAGCAACAACAGCGACAACGGGGGCUCGCCACCUGGUGGCGGGGGUGGUAGCAGCGGUGGUGGUAGUAGCGGUGGCAACGGGCCCUCUGGCGGUGGGGGCGGCAACGGACCGGCGACCGGCGGCGGAGCCGGUAACCACCACCACCACCACCAUCACCAGCAACAACCUUACACCAGCAGCCAUCACCCCAAUGGCCAUCAUCACCAUCAUCAUCAGAACAACAGCAGCAGCAGCAGCAGCAAUAAUCAGAGCAGUGCCGGCGUUCCCAAUGGCCACCUGCAUCACAACGGGAGCGCGAGCACGAGCGGCCACUCGACGAGCAGCAGCAGCCCCAGCGGCUGUUGCAACGACAACAACAACGAGCACGCCGCCGAGUCACCGGAGAACCGGCACCUCAAGCGCAGAGCCCCGACGCCCGAUCCGCCCUCGCCUGCCCCGGCGACUUAUCCUCUCAGCCUCUACUCGACCGCGCACUACUACGACAGCCCGCAGAAGAGGUUAAUGAGGUCGCCGAACGAGAUCGAAGGCACGAGCCUGGGCAACCGAGCCUCGGUCCUGCGGGACAACCCAGCCUUCCGGCCGGACUCGGCGCCCCACCCGCUCAUCCUCGAGAACCACCUGUUCCAGCCUUUCGGCCUCCACGCCGAUACGCCCACGCAUCCGCAAACUGCGCCCCACACGCCCACGGAGCUCGAGCGCGAGCUUAAGCGCGAGGCCUCCGAGGAACGGGAGCGCAACGCCGAGCACAAGGACGGCGUCGCCGAAGGCAAGAAGCUCAAGUGCCCGCACUGCGAGAGGCUCUACGGCUACGAGACGAAUCUCCGAGCUCAUAUCCGCCAGCGUCACCAGGGCAUCCGGGUGCACUGUCCGUUUUGCUCGCGUACCUUCACGCGCAACAACACCGUACGCCGGCACAUAGCCCGCGAACACAUGCGCGAUGGCAACGCGAACAACAGCAGCAAUCCAUCGGGCCCCGGCAGGCCAUCUAGUGGCGGUGGCGGACCAAACGGGGCCGCCGACGGCAUCGACAAGCAAUAGCUACUGAUGCAACUGCUGUUGCAAGCCGCCAGGGGGAGGCGCGCCGGCACGGCUCUCGCAGGCACUGCAGCUUGCGGCCUGCUCUCGUCUACCGGCCGGCGUCACCGGCUGAGCAGCGGCUCGCAACUGCAGCUCAACAUACCGUGACUCGAGCGCUGAUCAACAUUUCGGUGAUGAUUACAUAUGAUAAUGAUGAUGUGAAACCCUCUCUCACGCCACUACGUGAAGCAAACGACAACAGCAGCAGUAACCUUCAGCCCCUUCUGUUGCCACCCGCCCCCACCCUAAGCCCUUUCCUCGAGUUGCCUCGCGGCGAUGAAUUAUAAUCACACAAAACUAGUCAAUGAAAGUGCAACAUGCUCUCGAGAGUAAGGAUUACUUCGACAACUCGACCGUCAUUCCCUCAUCCCUACACCUAACCUCACUGUUAUCUCCUGAUGAUGCUGAUGGAUACAUACCUUGCUAGCUCUCGACUGGAAUAAUCAAGACGACAUUAGUGAUGGUGCAGAGAUGACAAUGUCGACGCAUGCACCGUAGAAUCGUCUUCGAAGGUGCGGGAGAGAGUCGUAUUACGUAUAAGUGCGAGUCGAGUGCGACUGUGCACACGCAUAUAUAUGUAUUAUAAUAAUUAUUAUUACAUAUGUAUGUAUGUAUGCAUGUAUAGUUGGGAGUGCGUGCAGCGACGAUGAUUAUUAAUAUUAUAUUAGUAGUGUAACGAAGAAAUGAUAUAGCUGCAAGGUUAGCAUGAGAAUGACUGAAUUUGUGCGUCUGUCUGUCUGUUUGCAGAGCAAGAGGAAUGCGACGAUUCCUUGAAUGGUAGAGGAUGGGAAACAGGAAAAAAAAAAAAAAGAAAGAAAGAAAUCUAUCGUUACUGCAAUAAUUACAAAUACUAUAGUUCGUAAAUAAAGUGAAGAUGAAGAAAGAAAAAAAAAAAUAAUGAGGAAAGUAAGAGAGGGAAGUAAUAAGAAAGGUAAAUUAAUAUCGACGUUUUUUAAUAAAUACAAGAUAAAUAUGAAGAUAAACGAGAGACACACAAAAAAAUAGUAAAUAUAAUAAUAUUAAUAAUGUGAAUCACUGAAACCGAGCUGCGAUAAUAAACCGACAAAUGAUCCUAGUUUUUUAUAAUAGCAUAUUGAUAAAUGAUGAUAAUACUGUUGAUACUGAAUCUAUAGAGCCAGAGCAAGCCAUAGUUUUUUGUUUUUGUUCAAUCGAUAUUUGUACAAACAUUAUUAUUAUAUAAUAGGGUUUAAGUUUUCGUGAGCCAGUUGAUUAAAUGCAUACGCACAGUGCCAAAACAUAACCUUCACAAGCGAAUGAAAGAAUAACAGAAUAAAAGUCGGAUUGAAUUAAUUCAUGUACUUUUCAUUCGUUUAUUCAUUAAAUAAAAGUAUUCGGCGGAUACGAGUCGUACCUCGAAAGCUUUAUACUGUUGAAAAAAAAAAAAAUUUUACACACCACUGCAUUUUCGUCGAUGAAAAAACAAAUGUCGGAGAGUACGAGCGUAUAAUCGAUUUAAAUAGGAUUUAUCUUUUAAGCAGAAGUGAAAAAAAAAAACAAGUAAAUAAUAAACUAGCCACGUUGAUGCAUAUUAAAAAAUAAAGAUAAAAUAGUAAUAGUAAAUAAAUAAAUGGGAGGAAGAAAAAUAAUAAAAUAGGAAAAAUGAAUUUGCGGAGCGCGCCGUGAUUGCCAUCUUUCGGCAGAACUUUCGUGAAGGACUAAACUUGUCUACGGAGGCGCAUCGUGACUUUAAGACUGCAAUAUUUAUAUAAAUCGACUGUUUCCGUACGUGCAAUAGAUAAAUGAUAGAUAGACGAUAAUACGAUAAAUGAUAAUA